GUCUCUGUCUGUCUGUCUGUCUGCCAGGGUCUCGGGCUGCCCCGGGGAAGCCGGCGCUGUGCUCUUGGGAUCCUUCUGCUAACCUUUCCAGCCUAGGUCCCCUCAGCCACUCUGCCCCAAGAUGGGUCGUGGGGCUGGCCGCGAGUACUCCCCUGCCGCCACCACGGCCGACAAUGGGGGUGGCAAGAAGAAGCAGAAAGAGAAGGAGCUGGAUGAGCUGAAGAAGGAGGUGGCCAUGGACGACCACAAGCUGUCCUUGGAUGAGCUGGGCCGCAAAUACCAAGUAGACUUGUCCAAGGGACUCACCAACCAGCGAGCUCAGGACAUUCUGGCUCGGGAUGGGCCAAAUGCCCUCACUCCACCUCCUACCACUCCUGAAUGGGUCAAGUUCUGUCGUCAGCUUUUUGGGGGCUUCUCUAUUCUGCUAUGGAUUGGGGCCAUCCUCUGCUUCCUGGCCUAUGGUAUCCAGGCUGCCAUGGAGGACGAACCCUCCAAUGACAAUCUAUAUCUAGGUGUGGUGCUGGCCGCUGUGGUCAUUGUCACUGGCUGCUUCUCCUACUACCAGGAGGCCAAGAGCUCCAAGAUCAUGGAUUCCUUCAAGAACAUGGUGCCUCAGCAAGCUCUGGUUGUCCGAGAGGGCGAGAAGAUGCAGAUCAACGCUGAGGAGGUGGUGGUUGGAGACCUGGUGGAGGUGAAGGGUGGAGACCGAGUCCCUGCUGACCUCAGGAUCAUUUCUUCUCACGGAUGUAAGGUGGAUAAUUCAUCCCUGACAGGGGAGUCGGAGCCCCAGACCCGCUCCCCUGAGUUCACCCACGAGAACCCGCUGGAGACCCGGAAUAUCUGUUUCUUCUCUACCAACUGCGUGGAAGGCACUGCCAGGGGCAUCGUGAUUGCCACUGGUGACCGGACGGUGAUGGGCCGCAUAGCCACUCUUGCCUCAGGCCUGGAGGUCGGGCAGACGCCCAUAGCCAUGGAGAUUGAGCACUUCAUCCAGCUGAUCACGGGAGUAGCAGUGUUCCUGGGGGUCUCCUUCUUUGUGCUGUCCCUCAUCCUGGGCUACAGCUGGCUGGAGGCAGUCAUCUUCCUCAUCGGCAUCAUUGUGGCCAACGUGCCAGAGGGGCUUCUGGCCACCGUCACUGUGUGCCUGACCCUUACAGCCAAGCGCAUGGCGCGCAAGAACUGCCUGGUUAAGAACCUGGAGGCGGUGGAGACACUGGGCUCCACGUCCACCAUCUGCUCUGACAAGACGGGCACCCUCACCCAGAACCGCAUGACCGUGGCCCACAUGUGGUUCGACAACCAGAUCCACGAGGCGGACACCACGGAAGAUCAGUCAGGGGCCACUUUCGACAAACGAUCGCCCACGUGGACAGCCCUGUCUCGGAUCGCUGGUCUCUGCAAUCGUGCCGUCUUCAAGGCUGGGCAAGAGAACAUCUCUGUGUCGAAGCGGGACACAGCUGGCGACGCCUCUGAGUCAGCUCUGCUCAAGUGCAUCGAGUUGUCAUGUGGCUCAGUGAGGAAGAUGAGGGACAGGAACCCCAAGGUGGCCGAGAUUCCCUUCAACUCUACCAACAAGUAUCAGUUAUCCAUCCACGAGAGAGAAGACAGCCCCCAGAGCCAUGUGCUGGUGAUGAAAGGGGCCCCCGAGCGCAUCUUGGAUCGGUGCUCCACCAUUCUGGUACAGGGCAAGGAGAUCCCCCUGGACAAGGAGAUGCAGGACGCCUUCCAGAAUGCCUACAUGGAGCUGGGAGGGCUUGGAGAGCGCGUGCUGGGGUUCUGUCAACUGAACCUGCCGCCCGCAAAGUUUCCCCGGGGCUUCAAAUUCGACACAGAUGAGCUGAACUUUCCCACUGAGAAGCUCUGCUUUGUGGGGCUCAUGUCGAUGAUUGACCCACCCCGGGCAGCUGUGCCAGAUGCUGUGGGCAAGUGCCGAAGUGCGGGCAUCAAGGUGAUCAUGGUGACUGGGGAUCACCCUAUCACUGCCAAGGCCAUUGCUAAAGGUGUGGGCAUUAUAUCAGAGGGUAACGAGACUGUGGAGGACAUUGCAGCCCGGCUCAACAUUCCAGUGAGUCAAGUCAACCCCAGGGAAGCCAAGGCAUGCGUGGUGCAUGGCUCAGACCUGAAGGACAUGACGUCAGAGCAGCUGGAUGACAUCCUGAGAGACCACACGGAGAUCGUGUUCGCCCGGACGUCCCCUCAGCAGAAGCUCAUCAUAGUGGAGGGGUGCCAGAGGCAGGGAGCCAUCGUGGCAGUGACAGGUGAUGGGGUGAACGACUCCCCCGCCCUGAAGAAGGCUGACAUCGGCAUUGCCAUGGGCAUCUCUGGCUCUGAUGUCUCUAAGCAGGCAGCGGACAUGAUCCUGCUGGAUGACAACUUUGCCUCCAUCGUGACGGGCGUGGAGGAGGGCCGCCUGAUCUUUGACAACUUGAAGAAGUCCAUCGCAUACACUCUGACCAGCAACAUCCCCGAGAUCACCCCCUUCCUGCUCUUCAUCAUCGCCAACAUCCCUCUGCCUCUGGGCACCGUGACCAUCCUCUGCAUUGACCUGGGCACAGAUAUGGUCCCUGCCAUCUCCUUGGCCUAUGAAGCAGCUGAGAGUGACAUCAUGAAGCGGCAGCCACGAAACUCACAGACGGACAAGCUGGUGAAUGAGCGGCUGAUCAGCAUGGCUUACGGACAGAUCGGUAUGAUCCAGGCUCUGGGUGGCUUUUUCACCUACUUUGUGAUCCUGGCAGAGAAUGGUUUCCUGCCAUCACGGCUGCUGGGAAUCCGCCUUGACUGGGAUGACCGCACCACGAACGAUCUAGAGGACAGCUACGGGCAGGAGUGGACCUAUGAGCAGCGCAAGGUGGUGGAGUUCACGUGCCACACGGCCUUCUUUGCCAGCAUCGUGGUAGUGCAGUGGGCUGACCUCAUCAUCUGCAAGACCCGCCGCAACUCAGUCUUCCAGCAGGGCAUGAAGAACAAGAUCCUGAUUUUUGGACUCCUGGAGGAGACGGCCUUGGCUGCCUUUCUGUCCUACUGUCCGGGCAUGGGGGUGGCUCUCCGCAUGUACCCACUAAAGGUCACGUGGUGGUUCUGCGCCUUCCCCUACAGCCUCCUCAUCUUCAUCUACGAUGAAGUCCGGAAGCUCAUCCUGCGGCGCUAUCCCGGGGGCUGGGUGGAGAAGGAGACAUACUACUGAGCGCACUGGAAGAAGAGAGCGUGGGAGAGACGGGGUGCUCUGGAGGUGUUACAAGGAUGGUGGCGGGAAGGGAUGGAAAAAACUGGGGUGAUAUUUUAGAUGCAACUGAGCGGGUUAAGUUGGUAGGAAUAGAUAAGUAAGCUUGGGGUGACUGUGCCAUAGGCCCAUCUGACUCAGACACUGAAUGUUAGGGUCCCCUCCCCAUCCCCUUUUCCACCCCACUCCACCAUGUUGUCUGCCUUGCCUGAGGAAUUGAGGGUUGCCCUCGCCGUGCCUAGCCUUUCACCCCCACCUUCUGCUCACAUAGAUCAACAUCAAAGGCACCUGUGUAAUCCAGAAGAAAGUCCUCUCUGGUCACAAGUGACCCUUUGUCUCCAGCCUCGCUCUUCCUGCUUUUACCCCCCUGACUGCCUGCCUGGCUCUGGCCCCUCUGUUCCCCUUCAGACCUUGAAAUCACAAAGGCUCCUUCCAGGAAUGCAAGAGCCUAAGGCCAGAAACGGAAACUGGUUGGAGAGGUUAGGCCUGUCCCCUAGUCAAGGCCAGUUAGGGACCAAGAGAGAAGAGCUGGGCCGGCAGGUGGGAAGUUGACGUUUGCUUGCUAGAGAUAAUGAAAGAAGAGAGGCAGGCGCUGACCUGAAGUUUGAAAUGUCUUGAGUCUCCAGGUACAUGGGAUAGGUUCAACUCUCUCAUGCCUUUUUAGAAUAGCCUACUAGCUGACUAAAUCCAUCUCUCAUUAGACUAGCAGCAGAGGCAAGACCAGCAGGCAAUGUGUGGGGACUCCACCAGUGCCACAGUGUGCCACCAAGUAUCCCACUGGCUCUUGGCUAGUUGCCGUCUGGUUCCACAAGACCUACAUGUCACAGAAACUGCAUCUCAGCACAUGCUCUUGGGAACACAACCCCACACACACACACACACUAGAAUAUCCUCUGGUGCUCUGUGUUAUUCUGAGACCCCAGUCAGCUGCCAUUUCUCACCCAACUCCCCAGUUCCCUCCCCUUCAUGCCCAUCCUGAUGAACUUAUGCCAUUCCCCCAAGCUGGCCCUGGAAAAAGGAGUUCCUAACCAUGGGCAGGAAUUAGGAUGGAGAAGUUCCCAGACAUUCCUGCCUUCCAAGGCCUUGCAAAGUGAGCUUAGGUCAUGACAUGCUCGGAAACUGUGGACAAGUAGGAAAAUCCUAAGCCCUGCCUUUGACCUCUCAAAUGUGAAGUCCACUCCUCCCCAGAGAGUUCCCUGCAUGCUCUUGACAGCCAUGUCCACUUUCCUUGACGUGGGGAGUGGCUUCAGGUUCCUAUGGAAUAUGUGUCUUCCCUACUCCCCCCUCACUUCACGUUUUUGCUCUGCAGAUAGCACUACCCAUUCUCUCAGCUUCAUUGCCCAGAUGGACCUCGAUGAGUCACACACGUGAGGGAGACACCUAAGGGAAAUGGGAGGCUUAAGGCAGAGAGAAGGAAGGACAAAAGUCAAGCCUUAGGUCAGGCCAUAAACAGCAUUCCAGUGGCUAUUAAUUAUUUCACUGCCCUGGAAUUUUGCUUCAUCAGAAGUACUUUGAAAUAUGUGAGUCAUGGCCUUCAGGGUGGAAAUCUAAAUGGGAUACCAUAUUUAUUUGCGCCUCAAUAGAGAUCAUUAAUUGUAGACAAAAAGUUUAUCUUUACACAGUCAAUGAAAAUGGCAUUUGAUUAGUAAAUCAAGAGCAUAGGCGAUAUUGCUAAGGGUUGCAUAUUUAGUCUAUCUCAAAUGGUUCUUCCCAGGUGCUCUAAGAACAUCCCCUUAGAACAGCAGAUGCAUAGGCUAGUAUCAUCAGUCCUGACGUACGUGUUAAAGAAACGGCUCCAGACUCUUUACUGGUGACUUUCUGUAAGACAUUAGCUUGAGGUACUACAUAUGUACUUGAAAAUAAUAAAGUUGCAUUUCUUUUUGAAAAAAGA